UAUUUCAAAAUGGCCUACAUUGCUGUGUUGACAAAAUAAGAAAGGAAUUGAGAAAGAAGCAUUAACUGUACCUAAGCUAUUAAAAGUAAUAGUUAAAAAAUUUGUGAUCUUUUAUUGAAUUUUAUAAAAUGUAUCUGAAAUAUAUUAUUUUAGUGUUUCUUGGAACGUGCAUCUUCUUUGUGUCUUGUUUUGGUGAACAGGGCACUUUUGAGAACAAACGUUGCAAGUGUGUGUGUCCGAGCCCCGCAGCUGUCUUCAAUAACACUGCUGACACAGGACGCAGUCCGUUUAUCGACAAUGUGCCUCCUAAUAAAUGCAACUGUGAAGGCCUAGUGCUACCCCGAAUUGGAGACCAACUCAAAGAUCGUGCUCAAGAAUUUUGUCCCCGUUGUCAGUGCAAAUAUGAGAACAGAAACAUCACAAUUAUAAAGGUAGUGGUGAUUAUUGUUAUCUGGGUGAUCAUGUUGCUGGUGGGGUACAUGGGUUUCCUGAUUUGUUUGGAUCCUCUAAUCAACAAGCGAGCCAUGGCAUCAUAUCAGGAGCAUACCAAUGAGGAUGAUGACAACCCUAUACCAGGAACGUCUCAGACGAUGGGUGCAACUCCCCGCGGGAAUGUUUUGAACCGCGUUACCCAUCAGCAGGACAAGUGGAAGCGUCAGGUCCGUGAGCAGCGUCGCAACAUUUAUGAUAGACACACUAUGUUGAACUAGCUCAUGACCAAACUCAACUCCUCAGACCAUGAAUGAUAAUGAGAAUGUACUGUUCGAAUACAGAGAUUGACAGGCAUGUGUAUUGUACAAACAAUGCUGAUAGAAUGCAAUAUAAAUAAGAAUGGGAAUUUCAAAGGCCUCCCCCAAAUUCUUAUUUCAUAAUUGCAAGAUACAACUAAGAACCACAAAAUAUUCAAUUUAAAGUAUUGUUUCAAUUGUUAUUUUUGUUAUAAUACACUGGAUUCGGUGUUAUUCACAGCUUUGUCACAUUCCUUCAGAAUGUCUACAUAAAAAUAGAGCAUAACAAUUUGAGCUGUUACUGUUAUUAUCAGGAUACCUUUUGCAUAGUUGAAGCUGUACAGCUUCCUCUGUGUGUUAACAUCGCGUUAAUAUUUAAAUUAUUUGGAGUUGAGUCAUUAUGGCCCCAUUUUGGUUAGCAAUGAAUUAUUAUGUUAAGCAAAACAUCAACUAUAUUAUUUGAUCAUAAACUCAGAAUUGGUGACAUAAACAUUGUCUAAUUGACGACGGUCAUAAGUUACCAUUAGCUGAUAGACAUACAAUAAAUUGCUUGUUUAACAUUCUAAGGCAGGGGUGGGCAACGCAGCGCUCGCGGGCGUAUUUUAAUGCGCCCUCGCUGGACUAAUGUAAAUGUAUCAGAGCCAGAGCGAUUUACUUACUCUUGUCAAACGGCGAUAUACAGCAAGUAGUCAGUUGAGUUUAGGAUUGUGCAUAGAUUAACAGUUUGCUAACUUUAAACGUAUCUAAUAACACGCACGUAUUUUUUGUUAGUGUGUGAUCUUAUUUCGAAUAGACCGUGCAUUUAAAACUACCAAGUAAUCCGAAAUAAUUAUUUUCUUUCAAUACCGAACAAAGCUUAAUGACUCACGUUUAGAUAAUUGUUUAAGGACUGGGACCUCUAAAUAUAUCCCCAAUUAUAAGAAAUUUCACACUGAAUUACAUGUAUCAAUAUGUAUGACACCAACAAAAUAAAGUUAUAAAAAAUCUGUUUUUAAUGCCUAUUGAUACCUGUUGAUUAUCUGUAAAAUAUGCGCCCUCGGUGAUUUUCAAAUUUAGUAUUGCGCCCUUAAGCACUAAAAAGUUGCCGACCCCUGUCCUAAGGUUUCAAAUGUCUACUCAUAAUAAUUAUUCUAUAUAGUUAUGUUUUAAAUUCUUAGCAUGCAAAUCAAGGCUAUAGUGGCUAACCAUUUUCUUUUGUAAAAAAAGACUAAACCUAUUUUCAUUAAUAAAGAAAUAGACAAUUACAGGAAGCCUCACCUAUAAUUCUGCAGCUAUUAAUUAUUAUCAUUGUGUAUAAUUUGUGUUAACAUAAUUUAUUAUUUUGCAUUUCGCCAAUGUAUUUUUAACUUUCGUUUUAAAUAGUCAACCAAAAUAAUUGAAGUUACUAGAUUGAAAGUAAUAAUUAUAUUAAAAAGAAUUUGCUGCAUAUUAUAAAGAACUACACUUAUGUAAUCAUACAAUUUAAUUUUUCCAUUUUAAAAUUGUUAAUUAUAUAAUAAUGUUUAUGAUUGAAUUUUGGCUAUUUAUAAAAAUAUUAUUAUUUAUAGAUUUGAAAUUUUUUAUAUUGUUCACUUGGUACUAAAUAGUCUCUAAAUCAUUUUAAUGUUAAAGUGAAAUAAUUAUUUUUAUCACAUUUGCUGUUAAUUAUACAUAACAGUAAAACAUGAUAUUUAAAAUCAUUGCAAGACAAAAUGGAUUUACAAGAUUCAUACAAAUAACGUUUAUUUUAAACUCAGAAGUAGUUAAGUUUUGUAAUCGUUAAGUAUUAAAUUAGUUCUUCGUUUUCAUAGUAUUAAAAUAAAAUGGAACUAUUUGAUCUAUUUUAAAGAUGUCAUCUGUAUAAAUGGUUUUUAUUAAAAUAAUUUUUGAUUGUUAUUUUACUGUAAUUUAUUGUUUUUAAACGGUGUAAAAAUAUAAUAAAAUAAUG